UUUUUCACGAGAACUCCUUCCAUCAUGCCCUUUUGUGGCAGCUGCAGAUUCAUUCCUAGACUUGGUCACCAUCGAUCUGAGCCAAUGCAAUGCAUGUGGUUUGCAACAAAUGGACUUCUCUAUGUUGGACAGCAUCUGAGUAAGGGACCACAUCUCACCCAGGUGGCCCCGGCUUGUACCCCUUGGUUGCACCAUGCAGCUCUCAACCCAUCUUGCACCCAAAAGGAUGGUGAUGCAAUCUCUCCUCUUCUUAGCAUUUCUGAAUCACCAUUCACUGCAGAGACCCCUGGCAGCCAACAGCAAUGGCAUAAGCAGUGAUGAUGGACGCCAAGGGAGCACGGGGCUAAUCCAGUGUGGAGAAUACAGCAACCAGGUCUUGCCCAAUGGGAGGUGCAGAAUUGUAGCCACCCUGCCACAGCUGGAUGAGCAGAGGUGCCCGGAUAUGUUCCGCUGCACAGACGAGGUCUCUUAUUGGCUCCAUGAAAAUGAGGAGCGGAAGCAGCAGAUCCUGGAACUGCGUGAACUCAUUGCUGAGCUCCAAGAAGAGCUGAGGAACCAUCGGCAUCGCAUCAAGGUGCUGGAGUUGCAGUAUGAAGAGAAGGCUAGCCGGAACUCCUCUAUGGAGCUGCGGGUCCAGGAUCUGGAGCAGCAGUACCACGAGUCCGUUGCCGUGCAGCACAUUCAAGCCACGCUGCUGUACGACAUCCAGGCCCGGGUGCACAACAUCUCUCUGCUGGUGGAAUGGGUGCGGCACAACCCUGGCUGCCUGGUCCCUGCGGAGAUGCGGCUGCAGCAGGAGAUGCACCGCCCAGAUGUGAGGCAUGCCAAGAACUGCCCCAUUGACUGUGCCUCCAUCUACUACAAUGGAGUUCGUCGCUCCGGUGUCUACAGCAUCAUGCCGUCUGUGGAAGGGCUUCCGAUUGAAGUGCUGUGCGAGAUGGAUGUGGAAGGUGGAGGUUGGACAGUCAUCCAGCGGCGGCAAGAUGGUACAGUCAACUUUAACAGGACGUGGAAUGAAUACAAAGAUGGGUUUGGCGAUCUAAAUGGUGAAUUCUGGAUGGGCAAUGAAAACAUUCACAAGAUCACCAACCAAGGGGACUACUCUCUCCGCAUUGAUCUGGAAGACUGGAAUAACAAGCACAAGCAUGCCUUCUAUCAACUGUUCAGCAUUGAGGAUGAAGCUAACUAUUACCGCUUGCAUGUGGAAGGCUUCAGUGGGACAGUAGAGGACUCCUUUGCCUGGUACCAUAACAAAAGGAGCUUCAGCACGCCUGAUUCAGGAAACAUCUGUGCUGCCAUCUCCCAUGGAGGCUGGUGGUAUCACCAGUGCUUCUUCUCCAACCUCAACGGAGUUUAUUACAAGGGUGGCAGAUAUUCCUUGAAAAACCGCAGGAUCCUUGGACCUGAUGGGGUGGUGUGGUACACAUGGAAAGACACGGAUUAUUAUUCCCUCCGGAAGGUUACCAUGAUGAUCAGGCCUCGAACUUUCCGUCCGCAUCUCUCCCCAUGAAGAAAUCAGGAAUUUGCGUGUGUGUGUUUCACUUCAACUGGAUUACAAGUUCCAGCAACAGCCAAUGACUGCGUAAUGAUUUGUCAGGUCACUGAGAGGUGGCAGCCAGCCAACCAUGUGAACCAAACCGAAAUCAGCAGACAGGCCAUGGCCUGAGAAAGGUCUCACAGAUGGAUGUUCACACCAGUGCUAUUUGGAGGGAGGGA